AUGCUUUUCAAUACCUACCUUGCAAAACAGCUCCCGAAGGUCGAAGGGGCGGUGUUGAUCGUGCACAUCGUCGGGUUUUUCGGCGUCCUCAUCACUUUGGUUUAUCUGGCGCCCCAUGGCACAGCCCAUGACGUGUUUGCAUUAUACCUCAAUAACGGGGGAUACGAUAAAGGCACAUCGUUCUUUGUGGGCCUUAUCACGACCGUUUUCGCAUUCAUCGGAGCCGACGGAGCCAUUCACAUGAGUGAGGAGAUCAAGAAUGCGUCCACCGUUGUGCCACAUUCGUUGGUAGCCUCGAUCGGCUUGAACGGCACAAUGGGGUUUUCCAUGCUGAUUGCCAUUCUGUUUUGCGUCGGCAAUAUUGACAAUGCCCUCGAAACAACUACCGGAUUCCCAUUUAUCGAAAUCUUCUACCAAGCUGUCAAUUCGACCGGCGGUGCCACAGCUAUGACUUCAAUUGUCCUUUCGCUGAUGAUAUUCGCGGCCAUUGCGGUCCUGGCGGCGGCUUCGCGUAUGAUGUGGGCAUUUGCUCGUGAUAACGGCCUUCCUGGCUCGCGAUUCAUCUCCCGCGUCGAGCCGCGGACCAAGUUACCCCUUUAUUCCGUUGGGGUCUCGGUGGUGAUCACCUUGCUUCUGGGACUGAUCAAUAUCGGGUCGUCGGCUGCCUUCAAUGCCGUCGCCUCGCUGGUCGUGGCAGGGUACCUGGGAAGUUACACACUGCCCAUGGGUCUCUUGCUCCAUAAAAAGCUCUUCAAUCCAUCGUCCAUCCACUACGGCCCUUGGACGUUGGGCCAACGACUGGGCAUCUUUUGCAACGCUUUCGGGCUUCUUUGGAUUGCCAUCACCAUGACCUUCAGUUUCUUUCCUUCGGUAAGGACGGACUUGACUCUUCAAUCAAUGAACUGGUCUUCUCUCAUCUGGGGAGGCACCAUGCUUAUCGGCGUCGCAAGUUACUUUGGAUACUUGCGUGGAAGGUAUAACGGCCCUAUUGUUGAGACAGCUAUCAUUGAGCAGGUGAAUGGCGUCUGA